AUGGUUACGGACCCUGACAAAUUCUCUGACAAAAUGAGAAUUGAAAGGGUGAACGUGAAUGUCGCGAGAAUUUAUUUUGUUGACGACCCUGGUAACGAAAUUCCGAUUCCAAUUGGUAUUACUCUCAGAGAUACUCUCAACAAUAUUAAUGAAACCCCAUUGGUAAUCCGUGGUAUUGAAAGUUUUUUUAUUUCGUGGAUUGCUAACUAUUCAUUGUUUCAAAAUGGUGUUGAAAUUUGUGCUCUAAAAAAUCAGAAACAGCAAUCGGUUGAGGCAGUGGAUGGUUUUAUUUACUCUCUGAUUCAGCAAUAG